GCGUCUGCUGUUGUAGCAGGCGACGUUAUUACGUAGCGCUCUUCGUUGUCAUAUUAGCAAGCUUUAUGCAUGGUAGAAAGAAAACAUGUCUAUAAUUAAAUAAGUAUUGUCCGCAUGUGAACGCUUUAAAAUUCUUGAGACGUUACUUUGUUCCCUUAAUUUUACGUUUGAGAAGAAAAUGACGGAUUUGACAGAUUCAUUGACGAAAGAGGGCUGGUACCUCAGUGAUGAAGGCAUAGCUGAACUGAAAGGCUCGGCUGAGAAAGCGACUCACAGUGACAUAAUCCGCAUUGCACUUGAUAGUGAUCUUAGAUCUACGGGUAGAAAAUUUCUACCAUUGGAUAUCAACAGUGGAAAAACUGAGAAAUUGGUGGGUCCAUGUGUUCUCCAGGUGCAGAAGGUAAGAAACGUCUCUGCUCCCAAGGACCACGAGGAGUCCCAAGGUGCACCACGAAUGCUGCGUUUGCAAAUGACAGAUGGGCAUACCAACUGCGUUGGAUUGGAGUUCAAACAUUUGUCUAAGAUCAGUCUAAAUACGCCGCCUGGAACAAAGGUAAAGCUUCUUGGUACAGUCCUUUUGAGAAACGGUCUUUUGCUCCUGGAUGACUCGAAAAUCUCCGUCCUUGGAGGAGAGGUGUAUCACAUGGUGGAGAAGUGGGAGCUACAAAGGAGUCUGGCAAAACACAGCAGGAACCAUAUUGGAGCAGAAGGCGGACCCCCUCCUUUUGUGCCAUUUGGUCAGAAAUGUGCCAGGAAUGAUGAAGUUGACAGCAGAGAACUAGACCAGAGGAAGACCCUCCAGACUCAGAGUGUGGUCAGAUGUGCUGAUGAGAACGAUGAGUUUGAAAAGCAGCGAACAGCAGCAAUUGCAGAGGUGGCGAAGACCAAAGAGGGUCCCCGCACAUUUGGAGGUGGAGGAAAUGCCGGCAGUAAUUUAGCCAAUGCUACUUCCUUCCCCCGAAGCAAAGACUCCUACCAGCAGAGAAGACGAGAAGACAGGCCUGAAAGGACUGAAAGCAGACAGGAUGGAAACUAUAGAGAGCUGGUGGAUGAGCGCGCUCUGAAGGACAUCAUGGAGAUGGGCUUUAAUCGAGAGGCUGCUCGUCUGGCUCUGAUGGACAAUAACAACAAUCUGGAAGUGGCCCUGAACAGCCUACUGUGUGGAUCCACUGGAAACAGACCAAGUCCUUUGUUACCAGAACCUAACAGACCUCCACCCAGAGGCAGAGGAAGGGGAAGAGGUCGGUCCAGAAAUGAAGAUGAGGAGGAGGGAGUCGGGGGAAGGCCAUCUGGACCAAGUACCCUCUUUGAUUUUCUGGAAUCCAAGAUGGGAGUCUUCUCUAUUGAUGAGCCAAAGAGCCAAGCGCCAAGCCGACAGGACAGUAAAACUAAUUUUUACUCCAAGGACACUUCACAGUUUAAGGCACAUCAUGACCAUAGGCAACAAAGGAAUGACAGACCACCUCGCUUUCACAGGGACACCGAGUUUCCUAAACCUGGUCAGGAGCCUUCGUCUAUCUCCACAUCCUUUCAACCCUCAGCCCAGACCCAGCAGGUCAAAAACCAGGAGAAGUGGUCCAGGGGGCCGUCUAACAGAUCUCAAAAUGACCAGAGGGAGAUGAGAGAAAACCACAGUUUUCCUUCUUCCUUCCCAACCACUUUCACACGGUCAAAAGAUCCCCAGCAGGAGAUGGACUUUAGUGCUCCUUACCAUCAGCGAUCCAGAAAUGGAGAUGGUGAUGGUGGGGUUAUAACUGCAACCACACACAGGAGGGGGCUAAAAGACAAUGAACCUCCAUCUAAAAUGACUAAUUUCGCAAGCAAUGAGGGAGAUGGAAGAGUGAACAAUAAGCGAACAGACAGAAGAAAGGGAAAGAACGAUCGACCAAACAUGGACCAUUACGACCGACAAAGAGACGCCGGGGCACAAAACCUAAACUCAAAAGGAGAAGGGAGCUUGGGAAUGACCGACGAGGUGGGGUUAUUACGAGAUUCUGGAGCGGUGACUGAGCCCCCUUUUCAUUUCCAAAAUGGUGUUCUAGAACACAAAAGAACUGGACCGAUCAAACCAUUAUUCUCAUCCUGCCCGCCCACCAGGGAUGCCCCUCUUAAGAAAAAUCCCGCCAACUACUCAGGACCUAAAAGAAGGUCAGGACAAGGCAGGGGUCAAGGUCGUGGACCAGAGAGGAGUCAAAUGUUUGAUCAUAGUUGGAAACCUGGAGAUCAGUGUAUGGCACUGUACUGGGAAGACAGUAAGUUUUACCACGCCAGAAUAGAUGCUGUGCAUCCAUCAGGCACCACGGCCGUCGUCGUAUUUAGCGAUUAUGGAAAUUGGGAAGAAGUGCUGCUGCAGAACAUUAAACCUGUUUCCACUGACAUGUUGGAGGAAGAUGAUGGUUAUUAUGACAGUUCGCUGGAGUUUCGCCGUGGCGGAGAUGGACAGCCUCGACGGACGAGACCGACCCAGCAGUAUUACCAGCCACCCAGAGCACGAGAUUGACAGAUCUGCUUUUAAACUGACAGAGUGUGUGCGCGCGUGUGUGAAUUUGUCCCACAUCCUUCCACGGCAGAGACGUCUCUUUGCAACAAUCCAAAGUGCUUCCCGAUGUUUUCAAGUGUGUGCACUGUUGGGCCAUACAGAUCUUUACAAAGGGCUUGGACCUCAUGCAAAAAUAAAAUAACAACCGACUUGAAAAUCUGCUGUCUUCUUUGUAAAACCUUCUGUAAACAUUUUGUCCAGUUUUGGAAAAUGAUAAAUAAAAGAAUUAAUUCCAAAUAAAAUAAAGAUAACUUGGCA